UCCAAGCGCUCUCUCAGCCACGCCUCCUCCUCCCCUCGCCCCGCCCCUCCCCUCCCCCACCGCGAUAAGCAGAGACGCUGCGCGGGGAAAGGAUCCUCCCUGAUCGGUAGAAUCUCCAACGGGGAGGGGCCAUGGGGAUACUACUGGUUUCCGGGAGAUUCUUGGCUCGACGGCCUGCCCUCGCGCUCGCCCCUCGCUGCUCUCGAGGCUCCCCGGACAAGCGCGGCAGGGACGAAGGUGACACAUCAUCAACCGACUGGGAUAAGGCUUGGUCUACCUUUAAGAAGAAAGGGAAGAAGACCCUAUUCUCAGAGUUCACACCGAACAAAUAUGUGACCUGGAACCCACGGCGCAGUGAGUAUCCAUUGUCAGAAGAAGUCGAUCCAAUCAAAAGAGCUGAGAGGUCUAACUUGAUGUUGUGGACAAGCCCAAGGUUUACCUUGGUAGGGGCGAUUAUCAUCGUUUCGGCAUUGCUAAUCUAUACAAUUGUUGUCCCACCCAAGUAACUGCUGAAGUGACAGAUAACAGGUGAGCUGUAGGCCGAAGAUUCUACUUGGAAGUCUGUAUUGUACAUUUAGUUUGUACUAUACCAAGUAUAAUCAUGGUUCUGUAUUGCUUCAAACACAUUCUAAUAGAUCAUAAUACAGAACUCCUUCCGUUUUA